AUGAAGUCGUCGGCUCAGUUGUCUCGAUUGGCCGAAAGCAGUAUAGGGAUCACGGAGUACAUCUCUGAAACGCCGGGAAUCAAGGGCUCGAUGAAGUACCGGUUCUCCGACUUUAUCGUGCGAGAGGUCGCCAUGGACAAGACGGUCGUGUGCUUGACGGAUAUGUCGGGCAAGCUGGAAGGAGCGCCGGCGCAGGAGGUGGCAGAGGAAGGAGUUGAUGGGUUCGAAAAGCUGGAAUCUUUGGUCGGUAAGGAGGUGGCAGCCCGUGUAAAGACCUUGGUAGAGCAAGAUGAGGUGGACGGAGCAGCUGAGAUUGUCCUGGAGGCAGACGCUGACAAGGCCCAUCGGACGGCCGUGCAUACUUGUAUCAAACAGCACUUUCCUAAGCUGACCACAGACACCGUCAAGGUUGGGAGUGACCAGAAAACUGCCGUGCGGAUUUUUUCCAAGGUUGACAACUCGAAAGGAAGGCCUAACAAGCGACAGCGGAGAGAGGCAAUCUUUCAGGGCGCCAAGCGUGAUGCCAAAUUCAUCAAAUUUGUGCUGUACAAAGAGAACCUGGACACGAUGGCUGCUGUGUCGAUCAUUUCGAAGAUGGUGAAGACGAAAGGCGGUACCUUCUCGUAUGCUGGCACCAAGGACAGGCGAGCUUGCACCACACAGCUUGUGUCUGCGCAUCGAGUUGACCCUUUCGUGCUGACGGACCUCAACAAGAGACUCCGAAACAUCUGCAUUGGAAAUCUUUCUGUCUGUGAACAAACUCUUAAGCUUGGUCAGCUGUACGGGAAUCGAUUCCAGAUCAUUCUCCGCGAUGUUCAAGCCAGUGAAGGCUCAAUAGAAGCGCUCUGCAAUUCUCUUAAGGAAAAAGGCUUCAUCAACUACUUUGGGAAGCAAAGGUUUGGGACAAGUUCUAUCCCCACAUACUCGAUUGGAAGGGAGAUCUUGCAUGAGGACUGGGAAAAAGCUGCUGACUUGAUCCUGUGCCCACGAGACGGGGAGAAAGAAGAGUCAAAGACAGCAAGAGAGAAGUUCAAGGAACAUAAGGAUCCCGCAAAGGCCCUCGAAGAAUUCCCCAGGUGGAUGUUUGCUGAGAGGACGUUGUUGGACGUGUACAAGAAGCGAGGGAUGAACUCUCAUCUCAACGCUCUCCAGGCUCUGCCAAGAAACCUGCGAUUGAUGUACAUUCACUCUUACCAGAGCUACAUCUGGAACAAGAUGGUCAGCGAGAGGCUCCGGAUGUACGGCAAGGACAGGCCAGUGGAAGGCGAUCUCGUGCUGGAGAGCAAAGACGUGGAAAGCGAGAGCUUGUUCGACUUGGAGGGGGUGGACGAGUCGACUCUGAGCGGUGCGAAUGCCUCGGAGGAGCAGGAGAGCGAUCAUGACAAAUGGACCAAGAGUCAUCCCAAGAAGGUCAAGGUACUUGCAGCGAGCGAUGUGGACAAAUACUCCAUCUUCGACGUCGUGCUGCCCCUCCCCGGGGUAUCGAUCUCGUACCCUACGAACGAGAUAGGCAAGAAGUACGAAGAAGCCCUCAAGGCCGAUGGCCUGGACAUCAACAAUCUCGCCAACAAGAACAAGGAGUUCACACUCAGCGGAGACUACAGAAAGAUUCUGUCGCAGGCGGAAGAUUUCAGCUGGGAAACUAUUGACUACAAGAACCCCAAGGGCGACCUGCAGGCGACGGACCUGGAGAAAAUUAAGGGGUCCUCAGACGAAGACGUCAGGAGAGCAGCAGACAAGGAGGCAGCAGCAGACGCCAAGGCUCGCAGGGCCUUGAAGCUUUCCUUCACUCUCCGGUCCAGCACGUAUGCGACCAUGUGCGUCCGAGAGCUGCUAAAGGAAUACGUGGAAGAGGCAGCAUGCGGGUUAAGCUUCGAGGAGAAACCCGGCGAGAGCGAGUAA